AUGUCCAAGCUUCUUCCCAGAAUACCUGAUUCCUGGAAUAAAGACUUGACUUAUCAAGUCCAUGGAACUUUGUCUGAAUGCGUAAUUCGAGAAUUAGAACCGGUCGGACAAUAUUACCUCGCCCACGCACGUAGAAAAUUACACAACUAUAGCUUUCUGGUCGAUGAAAGAACUUUAGCAGAGAAUGAAGUUGUUGAACUUGAAGCUGAUUACGAAGAGGAAGAAGAAGAAACACCAGAGUUGUUGAAGAGAGAUCCCAAAGAUUGGAAGGAACAAGAUCAUUAUGCGGUUCUUGGUCUUUCAAAGAGUAGAUGGAGAGCAACAGAAGAUGAUAUUAGGCGAGCGCAUAGGAAAAAGGUUUUAAAGCACCAUCCAGACAAAAAGGCCUCGAGUGGGAAUACCAACGAUGAUUCCUUCUUCAAAUGUAUCCAAAAAGCAUACGAAAUUCUAACCGAUCCUAUCAAGAGACGGCAAUACGAUUCUAUUGAUCCAUUAAUAGACAACUCUGUACCGAGUUCAAAGACAGAAGGAGAUUUUUUCCAAAUAUACGGACCCGUGUUUGAACGCGAGGCAAGAUUUUCGAACAAGACACCGGUUCCAAUGCUUGGUGAUACGAAUUCGACGCUUGCAGAGCUAGAGACAUUCUACGACUUUUGGUACAACUUCGAUUCUUGGCGAUCUUUUGAAUACUUUGAUAAAGAAGACGCGGAUAACACAGAGAAUGCAGGUAUACUCCACAAAAUCAUUUUCUACACUCACAGCCCAAAUCAAGCGAAGGCUUUAGAUCCAAGAAUUGCCAAGUUAAAGGCAGAAGAAAGGGCGGCAAAGGAGGCAAAAAUGAAAGAGAAAGAGGAGGCUGUUAAGAAAGCUGAGGAGGAGGCAAAAAAAGCUGCUGAAGAGGCACAAAGGAUAAAAGAGCAACAAGAGGCUGAGGCCAAGCAGAAGCAACUUGAAGAAAAGAAAGUCAAAGAGGCAAGAAGGAAAGCGAUGCGUACGGAACGAAAAAGCAUAAGAAACUAUGUUAAGAGUAAUAACUAUUUCCAUCCUGAUUCAACGACAUUAUCGUCUGAGCUACUAGCAAUUCAAAUAUCUGAACUGGACUCAAUACUCGAGAAUCUUUCGUUGGAGGAAACACAGUCGUUAAGGAAACGACUAGACGAUUCCGCUAAUCGUAAAGUAGCAAAGACGGUAUUAGAGGAUGAAGCGGCAAGAUUAAUUAAAAAGGGUGUGUUGAAACCGGAAGCAAUUAAGCAUUACGGGCCUGAUGCGGCCGUGAAGCCUACAGCAACAGCACAAAGUGGUGGAAAAGAGGAGAAGGAGGAAGAGAAGAAUAAGACAGAGGAAGAUAAAGAAGAAGAGAAUAAGGAGCAACCAUGGACGGUUGAAGAGAUAGCAGUUUUCAUCAAAGCAGUUAAUAGAUUUCGACCUGGAGUUGCCAAUAGGUGGAGUCAAAUAAGUGAAUAUGUUGCGCAACAUUCCGGCAACCCACCCCGAACUAGCGAAGAAUUAAUCAAAAAGUCUAAGGAAGUUCAAAAAGGUGCCGUUGCUUUGGACGAAAAAGAUGUACGCAAAUUACAACUACUGAGAAAGCAUUCUGACACCCGUAUUACUGAGGAGCCUUCUAUGCGAGAGGCGACUAUUAACUAUGACGACCCGACUCGCCUGACUACUGAAACUAAAAUCAUAAGUUCCGAGUCUUCGAAAGCGAAAUCUCCUUCAUCGGACAAGUCAACUAGUAAAAAAAACAAUGCGGCUGAUAAUACUACGGCCAAUGCAGCUAAUAAUACAAAAGAUGUUGCUGGAAGUGCAUCGGAUGCAUCCAAUCAACCUUGGUCGGCAAGUCAACAGACACAGCUGGAACGCGCCUUGCAAGAAUAUCCUAAGGAUUACCAAGGUAGUGCAGAUCGAUGGGAUUUGAUUGCGGCUGCCGUCGAAGGAAAAACGAAGAAAGAAUGUAAGGCAAGAGUGAAGUAUCUUGUUGAACAGGUUAAAGCCGCUAGAAGAGUAUCUCAAUAA